AUGGCAGGCACCUCCUCCUCACCCUCCUCCUCUGCAAUGCUCGUCCUCGCCGCUUUCCUCCCUGCCAUGCCGCCCCCGCGCCAUCCACCUUCUCAUGGGCAGGCCACAGGGCCCGCGCCCUUGGCCUCUGGUAUAAUCAGCAUUGUCUCCGACGCGUGGUAUCUCUACGCAGGCCCCUGCCGCGACGACGUCUUGCCUUCGGGACGCGCCUCGACCGCCCAGGGCACAACGGGCACCGGGACGGUGCGCCCGACUCGAACAUCCCACGCGCUGUACAGUUUGCCAUGGCUCACCUCCUGA